AUGCAGACAUUAUCAUCCUUCGUUUUCUUUCUUUUUGUAAUUGUUACAAGAGCUAUUAAGGAUAACAGUGAUCCUGGAUAUGUUAUCCUGAAGUUUAUGGAACGAUUUCAAGCAAAUCUGAAGGAACCGAUAAAUUUAUCUGAGGAAUUGAUUUGCAAUUGCUCAUAUUCUGGUUGCGGUGAAGAAAUUACUCGUUUCUUGGGAAAUAAUUACACAGGACUUUGUCGGUCCACUAGUGGAAUAUGCCACAAGCGUUUACUACCCGAUCGAUCGGUUAUCUUAAGUUGUCUAAGCAAAGAUGCUAGUCCUGAUUUGCACUGCCGAGCUAAACAACCGAUGAACGAUGGAAGUAUAAUGCAGUGUUGCCAGAACUACUCGUUCUGCAAUGGAGCUUUGAAUUUGAAUCCAGUGAAUGACUACAUUUUGUUUCAGGACAACAAUAUAUCAUUCAUUCACUCUGUGGUUAUCUUUUUAAUAGGAAUUGCCGUUUUUGUGUUUUCUAUAUUCUUAGUUUUUGCUUGGAUCAACAAGCCAUUAAAGCGGUGGUUAUUUUACUGGACACAUCAUAGGUCUGGCGAGGAGCACUCUGAAGUUACUGGUGAAGAAAAACUACUAAUGAACUCAACGGAUGCUUUAGGACACUUGAGCGAUUUACUGUAUAAUUUAGAUGAUUCUGCCACUACGGGUUCUGGUUCAGGAUUUCCAUUACUUGCUCAACGUACUAUCGCUCGUCAGAUUGAAUUACAGAAAGAAAUUGGACAAGGACGCUUUGGAGAAGUCUGGUUGGGUUAUUGGAAAGGUGACGAGGUUGCUGUGAAGAUAUUUAGUUCACGUGACGAAAGGUCAUGGAAUCGAGAAGUCGAAAUUUUCCAAACAAAUCUUCUUCGACACCCGAAUUUGCUUCGCUUUAUCGCAUCUGACAAUAAAGAUACUGGAACGAGUACCCAGCUGUGGUUGAUAACUGAAUAUCACGAACAUGGUUCUCUUUAUGACUAUCUGUCUGCGAAUCCUGUCAGUGAAUCAGUGAUGCUGCAAAUGAUUCGCAGUAUUGCAGUUGGCUUGUCUUUUUUGCACAACGAAAUUCCUGGGAAGCCAGCAAUUGCUCAUCGUGAUUUGAAGUCGAAAAACAUCUUGGUAAAGUCAGAUUUAACUUGUGUGAUUGCUGACCUUGGUUUGGCAGUGAGAUACAUGAAUGGUGAGAUAAAUGUUCCUGAUAAUAGCAAGUGUGGCACUGUCCGUUAUCUGGCACCAGAGAUACUAGAAGACAAUUUCUCUAUAAAUCAUUUUGAAACCUAUAAAACUGCUGAUAUGUAUGCGAUGGGUCUUAUGAUUUGGGAAAUCAUGUGGAGAUGCGGAAGCCAGGAAGAAUCAAGAUCGUUUGAACUACCGUACUUUGACUGUGUAGGUCGAGAUCCAACAAUGGAGGAGAUGAAAUUGUGUGUUUGUAUACAGAAGCGACGACCUACUGUUCAAGAGCAUUGGAUAGAUGAUAAGGUGAUGAGAGGUGUAUUACAAAUAAUGCAAGAGUGCUGGACGGAGUCGCCAGUGUGUCGACUUACAGCAAUGAAUGUUCGGAAAGCAGUGGAUCGUCACGCUGCCAGUUUAGGCUGGAAAGUUCGAAGUUAG